AUGAAUCAGGUGCUGAUACCAUGUCAAUACAUCAAGAUUGUUCCGAUCGUUGCUCAUUCUCCAGAAUUUAGCUUUAGCAUAUGGUAUGUUGAGUUGAAGGGAAUUCGAGAUCAAGAAUUUGUUCAAAAGGCAUACUUUGAUUACAACAACUAUCUCGAAGGCGAAGCGAUAAGGCUUUGUUUAAAACACUUUCGUCAGCGGAAUUAUUUAGAUGUCUCUGCUGCCCUACAAUCAAAGACACAUAUGCACCUUGAGGAUCCAUUCAUAACGGAUCUUUACGCGCAAUUGGUCACCAAAGGAGAUUUUCAAGCAACCGAGAACAUCAUGAUUGAUGCUGCAUACAAGGUCAUUCAUGGAAAAAAAUUGAGGUCACUGAUGCCGACUAAGGUCGGUUUCUUUCCAAAGGCCGGACACAUUUAUUUACUCGGUGGCUGGGAUGGAAGUAGGGAUUUAUCCGAUUUUUGGGUUUACGACGUAAAUGGCAAUAAUUGGACGCUCAUCAGCACCGACACGAGAGAGCAGGGAGGACCCAGUCCACGUUCGAAUCAUAAAAUAUGCCUGGACCCCAGCACGAAAUGGUUAUAUGUUUUAGGACGUUUCAUUGAUCGUGAUGUGCGAGCAAAUGCAAAUUUCAACUCUGAUUUCUACCGCUAUGAUAUAAGAAAUAAUGAAUGGGAGGUGAUUUGCGAAAAUACGGCAUCCGUCGGAGGGCCCCAGUUGGUUUAUGACCAUCAAAUGUGCAUUGACCCGGAAACUCAAGUUUUGUAUGUCUUCGGUGGUCGAACGGUGCCUCAGGAAUCGGAAAAUUUUAGCUAUAGCGGAUUGUAUGCCUUUUCCAUACGGACAAAGGAAUGGAGAUUCAUAAAAUCCAACAAUAAAUCAUCCGACGACUUACUUCAGCUUAAAUCACGAAUCGGGCAUUCCAUGUUAUUUGACCAUCACGAGAAAUUAUUGUACAUCAUAGGAGGGGAACGAGAUAAUUUAUUCCUGAGUGAUUUCUUCAUAUACGACAUUCGCGCAGACACGAUUCAUGAGUUGACAGCUGAUUACGCGACGCUGGAAAAUCAGGAUGUCAUGUUCACCCAACGAACCACUUUUGACGUUGAUACGCAAGAAUUCUUUGUUCUCUCAGGCCUGAAAAAUAAGGAUAAAAAAGACAAAAGGUCUCAAAUUGUCAAAAAUUCAUUUUGGAUUUACGAUCUACAUAAGUGUAAGUGGACUAGGAUAUACCAGAGCGAUUCGUUUGAUAUGAAACAUUGGGAGGGUACAGAGAUGUCCGAGCCUCAUCCUAGGCACGCGCAUCAAAUGGUUUAUGAUAGUGUGCAUAAGGUUCAGUAUGUAUUUGGCGGAAGAACAGUCGAAACGGAUGUCGCUAGAAAGCAGCGUUUGGACGACUUUUGGGCGUUGUACCUGAUAAAACCCGAGCCCGAUGAGAUAUUGAGACGUAUUAAAUUUCAGAUCAGAAGACAAAGGUGGUUAUUUGUUCGGCGAUUUCAGGAAAUGUGUUUGGAAGGUGACUCUAUAAAGGCACUCAAAUAUCUUCAAAAUCAACUCAGCCAGGUGGUAGACCAUACCAGUGAGGCAGAAAGUGAGGAAUUUCGUGGGUUAACAUCAAACUUAUUUUAUAAUAUAAAAGACAAUGUGGACUUGUUUGAGGUGAGAACAGAGCUUUUCGAGAAACUAUUGGAAUUCUUCCCGGAAGAAAUGAAGCAACCAAAAGGAAAUUUAAUAGACCUAGUGAGAAUAGCCUGCUCGCAUAUAGAACAUUCGCAAAAAGGUCCCGCGAAAAAAGAAAAUGCAAAUACACAGCGUGUCGUUUUAUGCAAUUGCACCUGCGAAGGUGAUGAUGUCGAACAUCAUCCCGACAAAGAUUCGAUCUAUAAGACCAUAUGA